ACGCCCCCAAUCCGCACCAAACACAAACAGAAACAAAUCCCGCACUGUCCCGCACGUUUCAAGUAAAAAACAAAAAGUAUGUUGACAUCAUGCGAAAACAAACGCCUGUGUCUUGUUUAAGACUGUUUCCUCGCCCUUGCACUUGCAGCCUAAAUGCAAUCAUCAGGUCGGUUGGAACCUGAGAAUGAACCCAGACCACGAUUCUUCGCCCCCGUCUCCGAUUUUGAGGCCGAGAGGAGCCCAGCCGGCUUCAAAAAAUUUAAGUUUGACGGCGAGGAGGAGGCGGCGAAGCGCGUGGUGCGUUCGACCAAGGAGAAGCGCUACGAGGAGCUGACCAACCUCAUCAAGCAGAUCAGGAACCACAAGAAAAUCAAAGACAUGUCCAGCAUGUUGUCCUCGUUCGAGGAGCUGACCAGGGCGUACCAGAAGGCCCUGCCCGUGGUGACCAAGGAGGAGAACGGAGUCACGCCCAGGUUCUACGUCCGCAUCCUCGCAGAACUCGACGCCUUCAUCAACGAAGUCUGGGAAGAUAAGGAGGGAAGGAAGAACAUGUCAAAAAACAACUCCAAGUCGUUGGCCUCAAUGAGGCAGAAGCUGAGAAAGUUGCAAGCUCUGCGUGAUUUAAGAGUGAGCUUAUUCUCUUCCCUUUCUCAGGUGAAAAUCAUCCUGCGGCGCCGCCAAGAACAAAGCGCCAGGGCGCCUCAGGGUCGUAGUACAAGGGCAAGGAGCCCAUCUACGCCAGCUCGCAGCAGCCGGACACGUAGCACGGGGCGCGACCUGGAUGCGGUGGCCGCCAGCAUCGGCAGACCUUUGAGCUGAGGUCAGAAGUGUCCGACAAGAAGGUCGAGAGGAAGCCGUUGGCUCUCAGGACGCACUAAAGUCCAGACCUGUGGCCUUCAGGCGCAGUCCCCCCGACCCCGAGGCGUCAGUUAGUGCGGCUCGAAAGCAUCACUACCCUCCCCCUAAGAUGACACACAACUGCGAUUUGCUUUUAUUUUGUACUCUGAUGUUUCCCUCCCGUUCUAUAUCGUUGUGCGACUAUUUGAUCAUUUGUCCCAUAAGAUUCAUGUGUUAAAAAAUUUUUGUUAAAAUUUGUACAGAUUUUAGUAAUGUACUUGUAAUUUUUUUGUAAAAAUUUAAAGAAUAUAAAACUCAUUUUAAUAUGUAUUAAUGCAUUUAUUGAUUUUCUCAAAUAUUUUUUAUAAUUUAAAAUUAAACCUCUCUUUGAGAAA